AUGGUCAUGUACAACGACGAGGAGUACGAGAACCUCCUCCAGUUCGAUCAGGACUGGUCGCGCGAGGAGACCGAUUACCUCUUCGACCUGCUCGCGAGGUUCGACCUCAGGUUUCUCGUCGUGCACGACAGGUGGGACAGGGAGAAGGAGCGCACGGUGGAGGAGAUGAAGGACAGGUACUACGCCAUCGCGCGUAAGCUCCUGGAGGCCCGCGCGGAUAACCCCGAGGAGGCGGCGGCGCACCCCAUCAUCAAGGAUCCGUUCAACAGUCGGCACGAGAUGGAUCGCAAGCUCGCGCUCGGCGACCAGAUGGAGCGGACCAACGCGCUCGAGCGGGAGGAGCGAGCCAUCUUGGACGAGGUCAAGGCCAUCGAGGAGCGACGCCGGCUGGAGGCCAGGGCGCUCAGCAACAGGGCCGCCGCCGCGUUCAACCCCUACAGGGUGGAUCAGACGCGAGCGUCCAUCGACGUCGACGAGAUGCGGGAAGAGGCGGAGGCGGAGCACGAGGAGGGGCGGCCGUCCUUGCCCACGGCGGAGGGUGCGGACAAGAGGCCCCCCGCGGGCGUGUACGCGAGGGGCGUGCACGUCGUGGCGGUGGCUGGCGAGAUGGCCACCGCGGCUGUCGGCGCGGGCGGCGCGAGGGGCGUGCGGAGGAUCGAGACUGCGGUUGAGGAGCUCGGGGUGAAGCCGCCGGUGGUGUCGACCCGCGCGGUGUGCACGGCGUGGCUGAAGCUGAGGGAGGAGGUGACCGAGAUGCUGGAACUGCGCAAGGCUCUGGCGAAGCGUCAGGAGGAGCUCUGCGGGACCACGCCGGCGAGCGAGGCUGCCGCCGCCGCCGCGCCCGCGGCGAAGGCUGCCGCGGAGGUGUUCCAGCAGGUUGGCCUGCUGGACACGCCCCGGUCCAAGGCUCCGGAGGUGACGCUCGGUCCCGACGGACAGCCCAUCGGCGUGAGGCCCGCGAAGCGCGAGCAGAAGAGGAAGAUGCCCGCGAGGUACGAGGACGCGCCGCCGUCCCCGCCCCGCCGCAGCGCCGAGAAGAGGGCGCGUAAGAGCUGAACCGAACAAACUUCGACUUUUGUAUGUUGAAGC